ACUACAACCGUACCAAUAACUUCAUACAUAACCCACCUUAAGUAUGAGUGGACUCUUAAAUAAUAUUGGCCGUAAUGGGUUGACAUCCAAGUCAGGAUUCAAUCUCAUUUUCCAGCGUGGAGCUGCCCAAAUAACAUCUAUUCAUGCCAUACCCUACAUUCGAACUCCAACUUCCACCAUUAAUCAUUCAGUUGAACAAUCUAAUUUAAGAAAGAGAUUAUUAGGUAGACCUGGUGUACUUGGGAUUAAAAGAGGAAUGAUUUCAUGGUUUACUGAAGAAGGUAAACAUUUUGCUGCAACUGUCAUAGAAAUAGAUGCAUGUGAAGUUGUAGGUCAUAAAACUAAAGAAACUCAUGGAUACUUCUCAGUAAUAAUGGGACAUAUUGAUAAAUUAAAGAAUUUUGAUACUAGAAUAUUACCAAUGUUUCAAAAUGCCGGAGUAACUCCAAAACAACAAAUUCGUGAAUUUAGAGUAAGAGAUGAAAAAGGUUUAAUUCCGUUAGGUGCAGAAAUAAAAGCUGAUUACUUUGCAGUUGGACAAUUUGUUGAUGUUAAAGGUGUUAGUAAAGGUAAAGGAUUUCAAGGGGUAAUGAAAAGACAUGGAUUUAAAGGGUUAGGAGCAUCUCAUGGUGUUUCUAGAGCUCAUAGAUCUGCUGGUGGUAUGGGGGGUAAUCAAACUCCUGGUAGAGUUUUACCAGGUAAAAAGAUGCCUGGUAGAAUGGGAGGAAAGAAUGCUACAGUAUUUAAUAAUGAAGUAUUAUUUGUUGAUGCAGAAGCAGGUAUUUUAGUAGUAAAAGGUCAAAUUCCAGGACCAAAUAAAUCCUUUGUAAAAGUUGCUGAUGCUGUCAAAGCUUACGGAAGAUCAGUUAAUGAUUUAGUUAGAGAAGCCGCCAAUUAGUGGAAGGAUGUAAUCCAAUUGUAUAUACUUUGCAUUUACUCAAUGUACAUAACAUAAAUAACCAAAAACAGCCAAAUACUGUAGUUUUCAUAACACUUUCAAAUAAACAAUUCGACCUCGAAUCCCAAACUUGAAAAUAGGUAUGAGUUAACAGUACUGAAUUAAAUGAAGUCAUAGACUUUCAAAUCCAGAAACAGGUUCCAAAAACUAAUCACACGCCAUUAGCAAAGACAAUCCCCGGAUGGUUCUGGUAAAAGGCAAGAACCAUGUACGAUUUCGAGAUUGAUCUUCUGGCGAUAGUGUAAAAGAAACUGGUAGUAAAAAAUGGGCUUUGACAGCGUUGGCAAUUUUUUAUUUAUCCUUGUUAGAGCGGGGCGGGUAACUUCCGCAUUGGGCGAAAAAGGGAACAAAAAUCUAAUACAUAGUAGCACACAACCGGCCUACUA